AUGAAGCCGAUGUUCAGUGAUUUGCUGGAUCGCGCCGACCGCCUCUCGGCCACGAAUUCGUUCACCAGCCGCUUCUUCAGCGCCACCAAGUCGGCAGACGCCUCCUCGGGCCAACCCGCUUACAACGUCGACCACCAGAUGGGCGUCAACCUGACCGAGAUCUUCCGCGCCAGCGAGAAUUUGGUGAAGCGGCGAACGGACGAGCCUUCGGAUAAGAAUCGUUUCCUGUUCGGCAAGCACGGCAUCGUCUUCGCGGGCGCUCCAAAAUUGACUCAACGCGCACCGAUCAACAUUCCAGCCGCAACGCCGCAAGAUGACGAAGUGGUGGACGAGCUGGCUGAACGUGUCCGUCUCGAAGCCGAGCGCGCCUUCUUCAAUCAAGUGUUGCUCAAUCGGCCCCAUCCUUCCGUGCAUGGGAUUCGACUAAACUCGACGUUCGGAAGUGGAAUCAACGAUACACCAAACCGCAACGUCAAUCGGCCAGUCACGGGACCAAGGCUGGGCGAUCGCCGACUGGCCAUAUUCGCCGACAAAUUGCGAAAAUAUCUGCGUGCCGGAAAGCGAGCGGAUCUCGCUCAACUGCUGAAAGAUGCCGUGAAAGAAUCUGACAGCGAGGACAUCACCGUCGACAUGUGGGCGCAAUUCACGUCAAUGGCCGGCAGGCGCUGCAACAACGACAUCGACGCCGUCGAAACGUCCGUCGAGCUCGUGCAGCGGGCCACCGAUUAUUUGCACAAAAGUUUCAUCGACCACAUGCAGCGCUGCGUCCAAAACAACCUGGAGGCGGCCCGCCGCGGAGGAAUACCCGGAACACGCACCCUUGUAGCUGGUUAUAUCAACGCGUGCUCCGACAUUGCGAGCGAGAUCGAGGACGGAUGCCUGGGCGACGGUUGCCCCGCCUGGCAGGUCAUCUACACGUGUAUGCGCUGCGGCGAACUGUCGGCGGCCUCCGAUGCGUUGAAUCUUGUCGCGGUCAACCAGCGCACCAACAUGCUCUACAAGUGCCUCGUCUAUUUGAAAGAUAACUCGAGGCUGACGGAGGAGCUGAAGGAGAAAUUGAAGGUCGAAUGGCGUCACGAGCAGCACUCCAUCCGGGAUCUCUACAGGAAGGGCCUAUACAGCGCGCUGCUCGGCGUCGAAUCCCCGAUCGCCGACACGAUGGAGAAUUGGCUGUGGUUCAAGCUGAUCCCGCUGCGACUCGACCCCCACAUCACCCGGGCCCUCUACGUGGACCUGCAGAAGACCAUUUCCAUCGAUUACGGCGUCAGCUACUUCAUGGCCAACGGUUUUCGCGACGCGCACAUCUAUUUCCUGGCCCUCACGCUCAGCGGCCAGUUCGAGCGCGCCGUCGAUUUGCUGGUUGAGACCGGCCACGUGAGCGAUGCGGUGCACAUGGCCAUCUUGGCCUACGAAAACGGCUUGCUGAAGUUGACCGACCCCGCCGUCGAGAUGCAGAACAUCAAGCUGCUCAACACCAACCCGGACGGCAAAUCGGUGGCGGCCACGGUGUCGCUGGCCCGUCUGCUCGUCAGCUAUACGAAAGGAUUCGAGAUGGAAGACGUGGAGACGACGCUCGAUUAUUUCUACUUACUAAAGGGUCAAAAAACAGCCCAAGGACGCGACAUUUUCGAGUCGGCCGUCUCGCGUGUGCUCUAUUUGACCGGAAACGUGAAGGCUGUGAUUGGCGAAUCGCAGGGACAAAAACGAUCCAAGGCUCUCAUUGACAACUAUGACGUCGAUGUGCGCGCGAUUAUCACUCGCGUCGCCGAAGACACCGAAUUGUCCGGAAAUCCUGAUCAGGCCGUCGAGCUGCUGCGCAUCUGUGGCCAAGAUGAUCGGGCGAUCGAGGUGAUGGCGCGGCGUCUCUCCGAGCUGAUCACGCAGAACGACGAGAGCCAUCGAAUUCCCGUUCUCCGGGCCGCCGAAGAUUUGGCAAAGCAUUCGAUCAACGCCUCCUCGAAGGCGCUGAGCACCCUCACCAUGCUGCUCGACAUCCACGGACUGCUCGACCGGUGUCGCCACAAACUUUACGAUGAAGUGAUGCUGACGAUUCGCGAGACGCGCCUCAUCCCCACCGACCAAAUCAACGUGCACGCGUUCACCGCCCAAGAGCAUUUGAUGGCGCCCCAGGUUCGCGCCGUUUUGCCGGACGUUUGCCUGGCUGUGAUGCAGUGCAUGGCUGAUGCGUUCCCGGAAGCACGACCGGCCACUCGAAGCGACAUCAAGAGGCAAGCCCAAGCGAUCGUCGUGCUGGCGGCCGGCACCAACUACAAGUUCCCGCAGAACAUCAUCUCCAAGCUGCUCUCGAUCCAGGCCAAACUCCAA